UCCGCUCACUGACAGUAGAAGCGCGAGCGGGUUCGGUUCGCUCAAGUCUUUCCUUUUCCCGUUCAAGUCGGCCCAGACGGAGCGACGUAACGAGGAUGUCACAGCACGCGGCGAACGGGCUGCCGGGCCGGGUGAAGCUGCUCAAUGUGGACAACAUGAACCCCAACGUGAAGCGGGUGGAGUACGCGGUGCGCGGGGCCAUAGUCCAACGGGCUGUGCAGAUAGAGAAGGAGCUCAAAGAGGGAGUCAAGAAACCUUUCGAUGAGGUCAUCAAGGCUAACAUAGGCGACGCCCACGCCAUGGGCCAGAAGCCGAUCACAUUUCUCAGACAGGUCUUGGCCCUGUGCGCUUACCCCGAGCUCUUGGAGGACGACAAGUUCCCGGCGGACGCCAAGCAGAGAGCGCGGCGUAUCCUCGAGGCCUGCGGAGGCCACAGUAUAGGGGCGUACAGCUCGAGCCAGGGCAUCGACUGCAUCCGGCAGGACGUGGCGCGCUACAUCGAGAAGAGGGACGGCGGAAUCCCCUCCAACCCCGACAACAUCUACCUCGCCACCGGAGCCAGCGACGCCAUCGUGACCAUGCUGAAGAUGCUGGUGUGCGGCGAGGGCCGGGACCGCACAGGAGUAAUGAUCUCCAUCCCUCAGUACCCGCUGUACUCGGCGGCACUGGCCGACCUGGCCGCCGUGCAGAUCAGCUACUACCUGGACGAGGACAAGUGCUGGAGUCUGGACGUGGCGGAGCUCAAGAGGGCCGUCGACGCGGCCAGGCAGCACUGCAAUCCGCGCGUCCUCUGCAUCAUCAACCCAGGAAACCCCACCGGUCAGGUCCAGAGCAGACAGUGCAUUGAAGAUGUGAUCCGAUUCGCUAAAGACGAGCGUCUCUUCCUCAUGGCUGAUGAAGUCUACCAGGACAACGUGUAUGCAGAGGGCUGUAAGUUUCACUCCUUCAAAAGGGUGUUGUUUGAGAUGGGACCAGAGUACUCCACCGCAGUGGAGAUGGCCUCCUUCCACUCCACCUCCAAAUGCUACAUGGGAGAGUGUGGAUUCCGUGGGGGCUACAUGGAGGUGAUCAACAUGGACCCCGAGGUGAAGGCUCAACUCACCAAGUUGGUGUCGGUGCGCCUGUGCCCUCCGGUUCCUGGACAAGCUCUCCUGGACCUGGUGGUGAACCCCCCGCAGCCCGACGAGCCCUCCUACCACCAGUUCACGAAGGAGCGGGCGACAGUUUUGGCAACUUUAGCAGAGAAGGCUCGGCUGACGGAGCAAAUCUUCAACACAGUACCUGGAAUCACCUGUAACCCCGUGCAGGGGGCCAUGUACACCUUCCCCCGGAUCGCUCUACCGCAGAAGGCCAUCGAUAAGGCAACGGAGGAAGGCCUCUCCCCGGACAUGUUGUAUUGCAUGAGGCUGCUGGAGGAGGAGGGCAUCUGCCUGGUGCCAGGUAGUGGCUUUGGUCAGAGAGAGGGAACCUUCCACUUCAGGAUGACCAUCCUUCCUCCCACUGAGAAGCUGAAGAUUGUGCUGCAAAAGAUCCGGGAAUUCCACGUGCGCUUUACACAAGAGUUCUCAUAACCAUCGUUUGGGGAACCACCUGAUGCGUACCAGUAUAUUCAAGUGCCUUUGAUACGAAAGCAAUAAGUCUUAAUGUCACCUACAGCUGUAUUCAUCCAAGAUCAGAUUUUUACAGCUUUGCAUUAGUGAAGACUGCCAUUGAAAAAUGUGAUGUUCAUGUGUAGGUACAGAUGCAUUUGCACUUAAAGUUGCCCGGCCAGAUUUAAUGCACAAGUGUAAGUAGUAUUGUAUGAUCAGGUCGUCACUUCAGCC